AUGUCUGAUCAACAAAGUUAUAUCCGCAACUUGAUUGAAAAGAAAUUCAGCGCAUUUUGUGCCAAAGAAGGUGUUAGAUGUUGCUUCGAGAUUUCAAGUGAGAUGGUACUUACUACGAAUUGGAUAGAUGCGUUGUUGUAUCUGUGUUCUAAACUUCCUAACAGAAAGCUGCAGUUGGCUUUUUUGGAUUUCUGUAUUCAAACGGCUACAUUGUUGGAUGAAAAAGCCAUAGAUCAGAUUAUCAAAUACCUUUUAAGAGUUUUCAAAGACACGACGGAAAACAGUUGUGUUCAAGGCAAACAAUGCGAUUCUGUUCUAAGUAACUGUGCAAAACUUAUGGUCUAUUGUUUAACGCACUCACAUGCGCCAUCUAAUUCAUAUAUAUUUUUCAUGGAAGCCAUCGACCAGAUCAAAUCAAUAAUUUAUGGUUCCACUAAUGUUGAGUGCCUUAUAAGCUAUGCAGUCUUAUUCAUAAAUAUUGUUAAAUUGGAAAGGAAAAAUUACUUGGCUGAAAUAUUGGCUGUGCUUAAUCAAUCCGAGAAUUCACCUUCGUCAGAUAUCACAGGGAAUCUGUCUUUUUUAUUCCAAUUAUUUCAUAGUAGUAAUUCGCGAGCUCAAUUAGCAAUUCUACUAGCACUGGUUGGGAUCCUAUCUACAACUGAUUGGUUUUGUAAUUACGAGAAUUAUGGAAACAUAAGUUUGUAUGUUCUGUCUAUGGCUGGAUUUUCUGUUGAUCCAAAUGAUCAUCUGCUAAGAAAGUUUUAUCAGAAUGAUUCAGUUACUAAUUUACUUCAAUCGAAAAUAGUUUACAAUUGGUCCAAAAAGAAUUUAUUAAAUCACUAUGAGGAUGAUGUAGAAAGAAAUAUCGAACAAUUUAAUGUAUUCACGAGUCCACUUCUAACGUAUUGUAUAGACAUGAGAAGCAGUUACAUAGACGCUAUUCGAUAUUCCGCUUUAGAUACAAUUGAGAAUAUCAUAUUUUUUCAUUUGAAGUAUUGUGACGAAUGUCGCCAGUCAAGAAUAUCUGAUAACAAGUCAAAAAUAUCUUGUGGUUAUUUGAAUGAAAUUUUAAAUCAGUUAGUGAGUGAUUCAUGUUACAGUCGCGGAACAAUUGCUAUGUUAACUCGAUUCAUCCGCUGUAUGUCUAAGACUCGUGUGUAUAGGACAAUCAAUUUAUUGCACUCUUUGGAUUCUGUUUUUCAGCCAUUUGUUAAUGACACUAAUUUAGAAAUUUGUGGAAGAAUUGUUUCAGGAUCGAUGAAGAUUGCCGAUGAUCCUAACUUGGCGUCAGAAAUUUCAGAAUUGUAUACAUUAAUUACGCACAACUUGUACACUGAGAAUGACCCAUUAAUUUAUGUAUGGUUAUCUGGUUUAGUCGAUACCUUUAUUCGUAACUCUAACGAAACAUUUCAUUCUACAGUUAUUCAGAAUAUUCUACCCAGUUUAGUGAAAACCAAUCCUAAAUUGUUGGAAUUACUGGUAAAAUGUUGCAACAGUGACUCAGUAAAAAUGAAUACUGACUUGCCUACGUUCCUACUAACUUGUUAUCAUCUUUUGUCAUUUAAUGGAAUGAAAACUGACUGUUGUGAAUACUUGUCGUUAAAUUUCUUAACAUCAUGUCUUCGCUCAUAUGAUAAUCAGUUACGUCUUACAGCUUUAAAUGUUUUAGUAAGUUUAAUUACAAAAUCCAAACAAAAAAUGAUCAUAUCAAAUGAAAAAUUGGAAAUGUUUCUUAAUUAUCUCAGACACGAUUUGUGGCCAAAUUCAAAGCGUAUACACGGCCAAAUUGUCAGUGCAAUUAAAGAUAUUUUAUUGCAUACACUUCCAAUUAUGAAACGUGAAACAAACGAUACCAAUUUAAAUAAUCUUAAAUCGUUUCAUGUUGAAAUGGUUCAUAUCUUGAUGACAUGUAUUUAUCCUGGAUCACCAGCAUCUCGUCUAUCAUUAGGCUUAGCUGGAUUAUACACAGUUGUUGAAUGCUUUCAUUCUGUUUUUUAUACCGAUGAUUAUUCAGAGUUCAUGGCACAAAUUAUGAGUUGUUUGAUUAAAGCAACUCAAAAUGUAUAUACAGUACCUUCAUUUACCGAUGAAAAUUUUAAACCAAUCGAUCACUCAACGUCACAACUGUUCUUUCUCUUUUUGACUGGUUUAUGCAGUCGAUAUGAUGUUGACCGAGAUUAUACUGUGAAAAUACUGUUGAGAUUGGAUGUUUUAAAACAACUUAAUCCUAAUUAUAUCAAUAAAUUAUGGACUGAUACACUAGAAAUCUAUGCUCAAAGUUCCAAACCAGAUGUCAGUCCUAUUGCUGGCGAUAUAUUACGUUUUCUUAUAUAUGGUAAUGAGAAUGUCGAUGAAUCAAACCAGUUGUCUUCAUCUUCAUCGUCUGUAGAUAAGAAACUUAUACAAUCAAUUGAUUGUCUACUCAACCAACUUCAAGAACAAAUUACAAUUUGUGAAAAAUUACCAGUAAUUGGUUUAAUGUCUGUGGCAACUAAUAAACCAUUUUAUGCUAUACUUAGUACAAUCCGUUCUAUUAUUGGUGUCACCUCAUCAUCACCAUUGAAUAAGAAAAAUAAAAAGCCUACCGAUGCUCAAAUUUGGAGUAGCACAUCAAUUAAGACAGAAUCCUUGUUCAAACAAAUCAAUGGAGUAAAUGUUAUCGAGCGUAUAAUUUCACUAGGUCUUCGUAUAUCUGAAAUUGUGCUACCAGUUGUUGGACAUGAAUCACCUGAAGGUGUCUUGUUAACUUCACAACAAGACGUAAUCAUUGAUGAUAUUAAAACUGCAGAUGAAGAAGCUUCUCAAUUGUAUAAAUUUUAUGAAAAAACACGAAAUCAUCCAGAAUAUUUAAUUUUAUGCUGUUGGCGUUCUGUUCGUGAAUUAUCUUUACUUAUGGGUAUAUCACUUGUCUCAUACGGUUUGAAUAAAUUCGAUAGUAAUCAAAUAAAACCAAAAGAGAUUUUUUCUAUUGCCCGAUUUUUCUGUACUCAGUUACUUUGUUGCCGCCAUCGUGGGGCAUUUGAACUGUGUGCAACUGGAUUUACAAACUUUUGUACUGCGCUUGUAAAUCAUCCAGUCUAUUUUACAAUUCCUAUUCAUUGGCUUAAUGCAGUCACUGGUCAAACUUUGUCAUUAAAUGAAAAGUCGACAAACGAUUGUUCGACUGUAAUAGAAAAUAUUGAUUUUUCACUAGAAUCAUGUAUGGGAAAACAUAAUACAAUGGAAUGUAUCACUCGUCGUGGUGCCGGUUACCCUUUAUUUGUUCAGGCUAUUUUAACUGCAGAUUUAACCCGUAACACUAAUGUAUCAACAACGCUUACAAAUACAGUCUGCUGGUUACUCAAAUCAGUUAAAACGUCUCUUUGUAACAACAAUCUUCAACAGUCCAACAACCUUAUAUAUGCAUUGAUGUAUUCCAAUAUGGAUAUUCAUGAUAGUACACCAUCAGUUUACACUGUUUCAACUAUAUCGUAUCUUUCAAAAUCGAAUUAUUUAACAAUUAUAAAUCGUUUAAAGUCAUCAUUCUCUUGGUUAAAUGAUUCAGCAUAUGUUACAUGUACAAUUAUAAAACAAUUAUAUAUGAAAAUAUUAAAUUGUCAUUAUAAUCAACCUAUACAGAUUGAAACUAAUGUAAUUGGUCUUGAAUAUGAUUAUUUGAUAACACAUAUUUAUGUUCUGAUUGAUUGUACAUUGAACAAUUCGGAAAAUUCUACUCUUUCUCCUACUACAUUUUAUUUAAAUUUAAUAAAAUGGACUAAAUCUAUGAAUUCAAUAAAUCUUCUUACAGUUGCACUUCGUCGAAUUUGUUCAUAUUUACACUCAACACUUGCUCAUUCCACAUUGAAUGACAACAAUUUCGAUAUAGAAGAUAUUAAUGAAAUUAUUGAUGCCAGUGAACACUUGAAUUCGUCAAUAUUCAAUAAAUUAAAAACAUUGUUUCCCUUUCAAACUUUAUUUCAAAAUUUUAUUCGUUUAUAUUUUCGGUUAGAUGAAAAUAUUCCACAUAAUAAUAAUCAUAAAGAUGACGAAGCGUAUCGAUAUGCAUUUGCCUUAUUAACUAUACAAUUGCAACAACAUCAAAGUGAUCAUGAUUCCACAGAUAUCUCAAGGAAAUUAAUUCUGGCAGCUUUUCGUUGGAGUUGUAAACAGAUGAAAUUUCUAUUUAAAAAAAUGAAAUGCUUAAAUUCACCACCAAUCUACUUAGCAGCAUUUAUACGUUUUCAUACUAAAUUGAUCACAGUUAUAUAUAAUAAGGAGAGUGAUGAUGACGUUUCAUUAAUUCUGUCUAAAUUCUGUAAUUUAGGCAAUCUUUGUUUCAAUAUAUUGCAACACUCACAUACUACUACUACUACUACACAUGUCUGUUUAGAAGUAAAAUAUGCUGUUUUGCAUUCGUUUUUUGUAUUAAGAAUUUUUGUUAAUUGGUUAUCAUUCUCCUCGGAGGAAGACAUAAAGAAAGUUUUUCUUCAAUCAUUCGAUAUUCUAAUCGAGAAUAUUAAUAAUUUGGAAAGUUCUAAACUACAAAAAUUGACAUGUAAGACCGUUCAGAAUAUCUUGAUGUUCAGUGAUCCAAAAUUUCAAUGUGUCACACAAUCACCUUAUAUUCUAUUAGAUGGUUUAAUAAAAUUCGCUUUAUUACAUGGAAAUUUCGGUCUCUAUGAACAUUUGCUCUUAUUUCUUCGAAAAAAAGUUCGUCAUUUUAAAGAACUCAACUCGCAGUUAGAUAACAUAAUUAGUGAAAAUGCAUUCUCACAGACAACAUUGAAAUUCGAAAACGAUCAAGUGGAAUUAAUCAAAAUUAUAUCUGAUAAUAUUACGAAAUGGAUACAACCAUAUCUUGAUGCAUUGUACGUUUCUUUACAUGAAAAUGAUAGGAUGGACUAUAUUCAAAAUGAUCUUGAUAAGUCAUUGUGUCGAGUAAUGGAUUUCAAUGAUAUGGUUCCAUUUUUAAUUUUCAAAUCGGAUUAUGCAUCACUUCUAUAUUUGAAUCGUUACACGGAUAAUCGCAUGAUAUUAUUAUUGUAA